UACCGAAGUUGAUUUAAGAAUCAUACUAAUGGGAAACACAAUGAAAGCAAUUUUGGACAUUCGAUCUUUCUCUCCCCGAUAUUUCCUUUCACAUUUGACAUUUUCAGUUCGACUUUUUAAUGUCUGAAUUGUCCAAACUUGUGUUACAAACAACAAGGGGAUCAUUAAACAUUGAACGCCGUGGACAAAACAGAACUGAUACUCUUUAGGCAGCGCGGGUGAAUACCUCAUUUAACCACACGGUGGCGCCAAAAUACCAUGCGCUUUUAUCACUGUUCCAGCGUCAGAAAUAGCCUAGGCAAAAAUGCCUGUGAUCAGAAUAUGGAUUGCCUGGGUUCCAAGGUUUUCGCACCAAUUAAGGCUGACAUAAAUGGAAACAUCACAAAAAUCAAAGCUGUCUAUGACUCAGAUCCAGUGAAGUAUGAGACUCUUCAGCAGAUUCUGCUAACUGAGAAAAGCAUCUAUGGCUCAGAGUGGCCUAAAGUCGGAGCCACGCUGGCGCUUAUGUGGUUAAAGAGUGUUUUCCUCAGAGGUCUGCGGUUCAUUCAGGUUUUACUGCAAAGUCUAGUGGAUGGGGAGAGAGAUGAGGACAAUCCCAAUCUUAUCCGCAUCAAUAUCACUAAAGCUUAUGACCGAGCCCUCAAGAGGUAUCACGGCUGGAUUGUCCAGAACGUUUUCAAGGCCGCCCAAUACGCUGCGCCAUGCAGGUCCGAUUUCCUUAAAGCUUUAUCCAAGGAUCAAGAAGUUGCCGAGGAGGAAUGCUUAAGGAAAGUUUGCCAGUUCUUGAUAAACUUCACUGCAACUGUAGAUGCCAUUUAUGAAAUGUAUUCUGCCAUGAAUGCUGAACUGGACUACUUAGUUUGAAACAUCCUUUAAAGAUGAAGCAGGACAGUGUAUUCCUCUUUAAUUCUGCACAGUUUUCAUACUCUAUAUGAUACAUGUUCAAAGGCCUGUUCACACCAGGAAAAAGGCUGAGAGAAAAAAAUAAUAAUGAUGCUCCUGACCCUGGCAGAAGAGCUGACC